UCUGAAAAGUUCUCUGAUGCAGAUAGAUUGGGUUUUGUGGAUAUGAUGGAAGUAAAGCAGCGGCGUCCUCGACCAGGUGACAAAAAUAAACCCAAAUCAAAAAGUUUUAAGUACUACUCAUUUAAAGGAAGUUCCAAAGUAGAGAUUUGUGUUAAAGCAUUUUUGAAUUUAUAUGCUAUCACGUACAAAGGCAUCAGGAAAAUUAACACCUUAUCACAAGGCAAGUCACCGCAUGACUUACGCGGAAAAAUGACAAGUGCUAAUACUUUCUCAGAAGAAAUUCGGAAUUGUGUAAAACAACACAUACAAUCAUUUCCUACAAAAAUCGGCCACUAUUCAAGACGUGAAAAACGUUAUUUGAAUAGCCAGCUAAAUUUGACUAAAAUGCAUCAGCUUUACCUAGAGAAGCAUCCAAACCAAAAGGUAAGCUUUUCAUUUUAUAGAUGCUUUUUCCGUAAAAAUUUUAAUCUCUCUUUCGGAAGACCACAAGUUGAUGUUUGUUCGACUUGUGAAUUACUAAAUAACAAAAUAAAAGACCAAAAUUUGAAUGACACGGCCAAGCGUACUGCCGUCGCAGAAUUGAUAGUUCACAAACGAAGGGCUAAAAAAUGUUAUUCAAAAAUAACCAAAGAUAUUGAAGAAAAGGAAAAUAAAGACCAAGUUCUGUCAUUGGUCUUCGAUUUUAUGCAAAAUGUCCUGUUACCCACAACGCCUGUGGGUGAGGUAUUUUACUACCAGCAGCUUACUGUGUCCGUAUUUUGUAUUCACAAUCUUAAGACAAAUAAAUCCAGGAUGUACGUUUACCACGAGGGACAGGCAAAGAAAACAGCUGACGAAAUGUGUAAUUUUAUUCUCGAAUAUCUUAAUGAAUUCAAGGAAAAUCAAUCGGAGCUUCAUCUUGAACUGCUGGGGCCAAAACAAGAAUCAUACUAUGGUCAGGAUGCUUUUGGCUCUCAUAGAUUAUGGUAAAUUUAGCAUGAUUUGGCACUUUUUCCCAGUUAGGGAGCAUUCAUUUCUCCCGUGUGACAGGGACUUCGCAUUGGUGAAAAAAAAUUUACGGAAACAUGAUAGAAUAUGCACCAUUCACGAGAUCUCCACGAUUAUUAUUACCAGUACAAAAAAUAAUACAAAAUUUUCAGUAAAAGAGGUUGCAACAAGUGACGUAUUAGAUUUUAAAACCUGAUGGGAAAAAUUUUAUAAAGAAACCUGUGUCUCUGAUGAAACAAAACAUUUUCCUCGUAACGAAAAGGUCAACUUUCAAAUAAGCACCUUUUCAUGUUUUAAAUAUACAUCCCAACAAAUAGGCACUGUUCAAGCCUAUCUUUUUACUGACGGUUUGGUGUCACAUACAUUUAAUUUAUCACAACCUGGAAUGGCCUGCCCAACUUUGCCAACGAGCCUUGCGAAUCCCUUAGAAAAAGUUCCUAUUAAGGCUAACAAAAUGGAGCAUAUAAGGAAAUGCACUGCUUUUGUUACAGAA